AUGAGGCGUCUGCUGCGUGGUCCGCUGGUGGCGGAGCUUGCCUCGCAAGUCUCCAAACUAGGAUCCCGCAACCAACACACAUGUAAGCAGUUUCAACAAGUACGUUUCCUCAACAUUCACGAAUAUCAGUCGCAAGCGCUACUGCGUUCCUAUGGCGUGCCAGUACCGGCAGGCGAAAUGGCAGCCUCGGUAUCGGAGACCGUUGCGGCGGCUCGGCGUCUGCUUCAAAGCCCGCGAGACGACGUUGUGCUCAAGGCGCAAGUUUUGGCUGGAGGUCGAGGUCUUGGCGUGUUUCAACCGUCUGGAUUUCGAGGCGGAGUGCACAUCGCAAGUACCGUGGACGAGGUGCAGCAGUUGGCAGGCAAGAUGCUCGGCCAGCAGCUGGUUACGAAGCAGACGGGCGCCAAGGGUCGACCCUGCCAGAAACUACUCGUGGCGAAGCGUGUUUACGCCCGACGCGAAAUGUACCUCGCGCUUCUCUACGAUCGGAAAGUACAGGGGCCGCUGGCGAUCGCGAGUCGCCGCGGUGGAACUUCCAUAGAGGACAUCGCCCGAGACACCCCGGAGAGCAUCCAAAGCAUACCGCUUCCGCUGCCAAAGCGCGGAGAAACCAUGGACACCGCAACUGCAGCACGAAUAGCUGAGUCACUGGGCCUGUCGCGGCAGCGUUCGGAGCGUCUUCACGAGGAUGGCGUUGCGCUCAUUCAGAAUCUGUAUCGAUUGUUUCUCGAAAAGGACUGCACCAUGGUCGAAGUGAACCCGCUGACCGAAACCCCCGACGGCGAAAUUCAUUGUGUCGAUGCGAAAAUCAACUUUGAUGACAACGCUGCUUUUCGACAGCGUGACAUUUUCGCGCUCCGCGAUACAACGCAGGAAGACAGCCGCGAAGUCGACGCUUCGCGGUUCGGUUUGAACUAUAUCGGCCUAGAUGGGAAUAUUGGCUGCAUGGUCAACGGAGCAGGGCUUGCCAUGGCAACCAUGGAUAUUAUUAAAUUGUACGGAGGAAAUCCGGCCAACUUCCUGGACGUUGGCGGUGGCGCCACCGUGGAGCAGGUCGGUGAAGCGUUUCGGAUCCUCAAUCAAGACGCCCAUGUCGAUUCGAUUCUGAUCAAUAUUUUCGGAGGCAUCAUGCGCUGCGAUGUCUUAGCGCAAGGUAUUGUGGAUGCAGCAAAACGUGCGCAAGUUCGGGUGCCGCUGAUUGUUCGGCUCGAAGGCAACAAGGUUGCGGAAGCCAAAGAAAUCAUGCGUCAGAGCACUGUCAGAAUCAUACCUGCAGAUAACUUGGAUGAGGCAGCACAGCGGGCCGUGAAAAUCGCAGAUAUCGUUGGACGAGCGCGUGACGCAGGCGUGCAGGUUGAGUUUCGCACACUGUCCUCUGGAGCAUAG